AUGCCCGAGCCGAGGAGCGGCGCGAGGACGCCGAGCGCAGGUGCGUCUGCAGGAGCCUGGGAAGAGCCAUGCGCGGGCGCCUCUGACACCAUGAUGUCCAUCCGGCAGAGGAAAGGAGGCAGAGCUGCCGACGCGGCGGGGGACGGCGUGGCCCCGCAGGAGCCCCCGCAGGAGGACACGGCGCCGGAACCCAAACUGCCCUCCGAAGGCGGUACCAGCAGAAGGUUAUGGAAGAUUCUGUCAUUCACCGUCGGUGGAGCCAUCGCCCUCUGUGCCGGACUCCUGACGUCUGUCUACCUGGCCACCUUACAUGAAAACGACUUAUGGUUUUCCAACAUCAAGGAGGUGGAGCGGGAGAUCUCCUUCCGGACGGAGUGCGGGCUGUACUACUCCUACUACAAGCAGAUGCUGCAGGCGCCCAGCCUGGUGCACGGUUUCCGUGGCCUAAUGUAUGAUAACAAAACAGAAUCCAUGCGGACCAUUAACCUGCUCCAGCGAAUGAACAUCUACCAGGAGGUCUUCCUCAGCGCUGUGUACCGAGCUCUGCCCAUACAGAAGUACCUGGAGCCCGUGUACUUCUACAUCUACACGCUGUUCGGGCUGCAGGCGGUCUACGUGGCUGCCCUCUACGCCACCAGCUGGCUCCUGAGCGGCACCUGGCUGUCAGGGCUCCUGGCCGCCUUCUGGUACGUCGCCAACAGGACGGACACCACCCGGGUGGAGUUCACCAUCCCGCUGCGGGAGAACUGGGCACUGCCCUUUUUUGCGGUCCAGGUCGCAGCCAUCACGUAUUUCCUGAGACCAAACCUGCGGCCUGUGUCCGAGUGGCUGACCCUGUUCACCAUCUUCACGUCGACGUUCGUCUUCAGUCUGACCUGGCAGUUCAAUCAGUUCACGAUGCUGGUGCAGGCUCUGGGGCUGUUCGCCCUGGACUCCCUGGACAUGCUGCCGGCCGCCAAGGCCACGUGGCUGUACUCCAUCCAGGUCACGGCUCUGCUCCUGGUCUGCGCCCUGCAGUUCUUCAAUUCCAUGAUUCUUGGAUCGUUGCUCAUCAGUUUCAACCUCUCAGUGUUAAUUGCAAGAAAACUUCAGAAAAAUCUGAAAACUGGAAACUUCCUUCAUAGGCUUGGAAAACUGUUGUUACAUUUACUUGUGGUUUUAUGUCUGACGCUUUUUCUCAACAACAUUAUUAAGAAAGCGCUGAACCUGAGGUCAGACGAGCACAUCUUUAAGUUUCUGAAGGCUAAGUUCGGAUUCGGAGCAACAAGAGACUUCGAUGCGAACCUGUACCUGUGCGAGGAGGCCUUCGGCCUGCUGCCCUGGGACACGUUCGGGCGGCUCUCGGACACGCUGCUGCUCCACGCCUACCUGCUCGUGCUGGGCGUCACGGCGACCACGGCGCUAGCUGUCGCCCUCCGGCAUCUCAGUGACUCCCCCACCCAGGGUCUCCCGGGAAGAUGCGCGGUCAGCCUGGGGCCCGACACCGCCUACAACCUCACGCACACCCUCGUGUUCGGAGCCUUGGCGCUGAGCACCAUGAGGAUGAAGUACCUGUGGACGCCACACGUGUGCGUGUUUGCAGCUGCCGGGCUGUGCAGCCCUGAAGUGUGGGGGUCCCUCCUGAAGGUCGCCCGCCUUCACACCCCGGCUAGGGUGUGUGUGGUGCGGCACACGGUCCCCACGCUGCUGCUGCUCUGCCUGGGCUGUAAGCUCUGGCCGGGUGUGAUGGACGAGCUGUCAGAGCUGAGGGAGUUCUACGACCCUGACACCGUGGAGCUGAUGCACUGGAUUAACUCCAACACCCCGCAGACAGCCGUGUUUGCGGGCAGCAUGCAGCUGCUGGCCGGGGUCAAGCUGUGCACGGGCAGGACGCUCACCAACCACCCACACUACGAGGACAGCGGGCUGCGGGCGCGCACCCGGGCGGUGUACCAGGUGUAUGCACGGAGGCCCCCCGAGGAGGUGCACGCACUGCUCCGCGCCCUGGGCACCGACUUCGUGAUCCUGGAGGACAGCAUCUGCUUCGAGCGCCGGCACCAGCGUGGCUGCCGCCUGCGGGACCUGCUGGACGUGGCCAACGGACACGUGAUGGACGGCCCGGGAGAAAACGAGGCGGGGCUGCAGCCCGCAGGCCACCCCCGCUUCUGCGAGGAGAUCCGGAGGGGCCUGCCGGCCUACACGGCACUCUUCACUCGCGUGUUCCAGAACAAGACCUUCCACGUCUACCGGCUCCAGAAGGACGCGGCCAGGCCGCCCGCUCCGUCUCCGGCAGGGCAGACGCGAUAG